GUAGAGAAGUACAAGCUAGCUAAAUGUGACGUGUUUGGAAGUCUUAUAGAGCAAUUUUGUGACAAAUGUUAAGUCAGUUUGAUGAAGUGUAGAAUUUGUACAGCGUCUGCCCGGACUGUUUGGACCGCUUUGACUGUUUGGAUGUUGGACUUUGAUGGAAAAAAGCGCCUCACGUGUCAUCGUUGGAGCUAACAUGUGAAGCUAGCAAGAAGAUGGAAGAUGGAGUACAGGUAGGAUUCCAAGGUCUAAAGAUGCAGUGGACCCCAGAGCACACACAAUGGGCAGAGCAACACUUUGACAUCUCAUCCACCACCCGCUCGCCGGCGCACAAAGUAGAGGCCUACCGGGGGCACUUACAGCGAACGUACCAGUAUGCGUGGGCAAACGAUGAUAUCUCUGCGCUGACUGCCUCCAAUCUGCUUAAGAAGUACGCUGAGAAGUAUUCCGGGAUCCUCGAAGGCCCAAAUGAAAGAGCCCUCCUCUGUUCCUACUCGGAAGGAAGCGCCGGACUCUUGAACGGGCGGAAGUCAGAGAACGAGCCCUGGCAGGAGGGGAUUUACCCGAUGAACUGUGCUCCAGAUGUUAUAUCUGUGAGCAAAGCUGGAAUGACAGCUGCCCUGCCCCCUACGGAUGCGUCAGCCAGCAUCGGCAGCUCCCCGGGGGUGCCGAGCAGCUUGUCGGAGCCGAGCUAUUCCAGCAGUAACUGCGGGAGCCACACGGCCACGACGCUCCACUCGGGCCUUCCCUCUCAGGAAUACACUGCCAACUACAACAGCUCCUACCUGCAUUCCAGCUACGGCGGCCAGACUGCUUCCCCGCACCCGUCUCCUUUGCACAGCGCCGGCCUCUUGCAGCCCCCGCCACCGCCUCCGCCCCCCACCUUAGUACCGAGCUACAACGGCGGGUCUCCUAACCUUCCCGGCUACAAUUAUCCUCCAACAGGGUAUCCCCCUCAGACGGCUGUCGGCCCCGGUUACAGCCCCGGGGGAGCACCCCCGCCUCCUUCUGCUUAUCUGCCGUCCGGCAUCGCAGCCCCCACACCCAUCCCUCCCUCCACGCUGCCUGGCUACACCUACCAGUCCCACAAUCAUACGCCAAUUGCCCCGGCACCUUUGAAUGGCAGCACAGCCAACUCGUUAAAACGGAAAGCUUUCUACAUGAGCGGGCACGGAGAAGUGGACUCCAGCUACGGCGAAUUCAACUACAACCAGCGCUCGUCUCAUAGUCCCAUGUACAGACUCCCGGACAGCAGCGUCUCAGACUCGAGCAGGGGCAACGGCUUUGACAGAAACGCCGCCGAGGCCUCCUCUUUAGCGUUCAAGACAACCAAACAGACGCUAGCUUCUGAUCAGCAACGGAAAUUUAGCAUACACUCGAGCGGGGCUCUGACUCCGCCGUCCUUCGGCUCGACCAAAAGCUCCGUGGACGACACCUACGGCAAGUUCGGGUCCCCCAUAUUGAGCGAACCAAGCGAAGAGCACAGACAGCACCUGCCUCAUUCCCUGACCGGGCCCGAUGUCGCCACCCCUACCUCGUCCAUCCACGCUGCUGAGGAGCAGCUGAAGAACAGCGACCCCAACCUGGUGGACAUGGUGACGGAAGAAAUCCUUCAGCAGUGCCCUCCAGUGGACUGGAGUGACAUUGCCGGACUGGAUAUGGCCAAAGCGGCCAUUAAGGAGGAGGUGCUAUGGCCCAUUUUGAGGCCGGACAUGUUCAGCGGACUUCACGCAUUACCUCGUAACCUUCUUUUAUUCGGGCCUCAGGGAACGGGUAGAACGCUGUUGGCUCGCUGCAUGGCCAGCCAGCUGGGGGCCGCCUUCUUGCGACUCAGCAGUUCCGCUCUGGUGACCAAGUGGUUGGUCGAGGGGGACAAAAUCAUCCAGGCUUCGUUCCUGGUGGCCCGGUGUCGCCAACCGGCGGUGGUGUUCAUCAGCGAGGUGGACCUUCUCCUGUCGGCCCAGCUCAGCGAGGACAGCCCGGUGAGUCCACUGAAGGCUGAGCUCCUCAUGCAGCUGGAUAGUAUUUUGUCCUCUGCUGAGGACCACGUUCUUGUGGUCUGCUCCACCAGUAAGCCUGAAGAGAUCCCGGAGUCCCUGAGGAGGUACUUUACCAAGCGGUUGCUCAUCCCCUUACCCGACGGGACGGCACGACACCAGAUAAUCAGCCAAGUGCUCUCACAACACAACUACUGUCUCAGUGACAAAGAGAUGUCAUUACUGGUUCAGAGGACCGAGGGCUUUUCAGGACUGGACGUGGUUCAGCUGUGUCAAGAGGCUGUGGUGGGCGCCCUCCACGGCGUUCCUGCCGCUGACCUGUCCAGCAUCCACCCCAGGCAGAUGAGACCCGUCUCUUUUCAAGACUUUGACAAUGUCUUUUGUAAAUUCCAGCCCAGCAUAUCACAAAAAGAACUGGACACGUACACGGAAUGGAAUAAAAUGUUCGGUUGUAGUCAAUGAAAGCUGAUCACGUGACCGAGCGCUUUAGACGCAAGACGACCAACGCUUCAUUGGCUCGGUCGCUACAUGGCGGGAGCUGUAAGAGACUUGUAAAGCGAUGGCUUCUUUUUUGUACAUACAUACAGUACAUACGGUACAUACAGUAUACUGUAUAUGACCAUACUAUACUGCUGACUCGGAGAUUUAGUUGCUAUCAAGUGCCUGAGGUGGUGCUCUUUCACUUUUUUUUUUUUUUUUUGUUGCUUCCCAAUCCUCAUCGGUGACAUGUGCUAAUAGUGCGUUAAAAAGCAAAGACAAAAAAAGCUUUAAAAUGAGACAAUUUCUCUUUGAUUAGAACGCCGCCGUCUCUCUCCGUGCUCUUUGUGGACCCUUCUUUUUCCGCUCGCUCUCAUUUCAGCUUCAUUUUUAUGGCAUAUUUUCUAUGUGGAGAUGAUUUGAUUGGAAAAAAAACAAAAAAAAAAAAACAUUUGCAUACUUGAUUCACUUUUGUCCCGUAAGAUGCAAACAAAACGCAAAGUGAUUUCUUUUUCGGCUCUUUCACUGUAGAUACCACGUAAAACGCUGAGUAUUCUUUUACCGCUUUGACGAUGUAAUCCUUGUUAGUUGUACUUCAGUGUUUGCCCGACAUGUAAGAUGAUACCAUUCAAUGUUGUUUCUUUGCAAAACUCAGGAAAGUGAUGAUGAUAAAGUAUCACCGUGAAGCCCCGACGGGUCCAUGCCUCCGGUCUUGGAUGUGGUGAACGAGGAAAUGACACAAGAAAGUAGCCAAAGGCUUCCCGGCCGGGGAUGCUCUGAUCUUUCCAAUACGACACAUGUGAUCGGCGUAUGCCGCCAAUCACCAAAACGCUACAUGUGUGCGGUGUCAGGUAGGGUUGACGACACCCGUAUCGAGCCAUAUGGCAAGUGGGCUCGUCACCGCUUGGUACAAGCCACGCUUCUGGUUUUCUUUUUUUGCGGGUUUUUUAGUUGGGAGCUCCAUUUUGUCCCACAAGGAUGUGGGUGUUUUUUUUCAAGAGUGACAGAACAAUUUAGCUGUGGUGUUGUCAUGAUACUAACGAUGUCUUGUCCUUACGCUGGUGAUACUAUCACAGGGAUCACCAAGGGCUCCAAGAAUAUUUGUUUUUAUUUUUAUUUUACAAGUGUUGAAUUCAGACUUGAUGCCUUUAUAAUAUAACCAAUGAGCACAAACUAGCAUAAAGACCAUGGCCACACUGUUUGAGUGGAGAUGUACUUGGUAAAUAAAGUCGUGCACAAGUGAAGAUAUCUUUUAUUUCAAUCAUUUCAUUCUGGGUUUGUUUGUUUUUUUUAGCUAAAAAAUACAUUAUUGGACAAGUUUAAUUUCCCAUGUAUUGGUGUUAGUCCAAAACAUGCAUUUAGCUAAAUUUUCCAAAUAUUAUUAUUUUUUUUUUUUAUGAAUGACCUCCUUGCCCUUGGAAUUGUCUAACAGCGGACCUGAACAAACAAAUUGAAUAAUCUACAGUAUGUGAUCGGUAUCGGCCCAUCUUUCCAUUGGCAGCAUAGCACCCUUAUCGGAGCAUCCCAAAUUGCCACCAAUAAAAUUGGGAAUUAAAUGACACUUUCCGGAAAAGUAAUCCUUCAAACAGUGUGAUUUUUCUCCACCUUUAUGGUUUAUGUCCAUCUGGACAUAAACUGUAUUAUGGAAAGCAGGAAGUGAACAAAUGUAACAGUUACUGAUUGUAAAAGUACCAGAUGGAGGAGGGGUAGGAUUUAAUAAGCUUUGCUUCUCCCUACUUCUUUUGGACAUGUGGAACUGGGAACUGAUUAUGGGAUGCACUCAAUUGUAAUCUGAUGCAUGUUCAAAUGAAAUAAAACCAUGACCAUUACCAAAUGUUACAUUAAAAAUGAACUACAUUUAAGUCACAGAACAAACUGGUCGACUUUGAAAGUUCCACAUUCUAGUUCCACCAUUCUAGAAGUUGGCAGGACCCUUUAGAUCAGGGGUGGGCCCCAUCAGUGACCUCAUCAGGUUUCAUUCUCCACAUUUUUGCAUUUCUAAAUUCCUUAUUUUAAGCUGUAAAAUGGAAAAUUAGCUGGCAACCCGACGUGGAGUGCUCUUGUGCACGCUAGAGUUGAGAAGCUCACGACGCCACACGUCAACACACACAAAGUAACCUAAGAUAUCUAAGUGCAAUACCCAUGCCAAAACAACACCAUAUAUUUCUGUUGUGCCGCAAGGCAUGCUGGGUAACUUGCGGUACGCUUUGUCACACUUUUGUGACAAAGUUGUCGCAGCUGGACUACCUAGCAUGCCUUGCGGGCAGUUGGAAAUAAGUCACGUGCUGUGUUGUUGAUGUAUGCAAUGCUUUGUGUUUCCGUUUCGUCGCACCGUGAGCAAGCGCGUCGUUGCGUUUGAUCUAUACAUGGGGGCCGAAUGUGAAACGUUUUCCCCACCCCUGCUUUAGAACAUGAUCAGAGUUGUCCUAUCAACGCUCCGGCUUUCUUGUGUCAUUUCCAAGCAGAGGAUAAGAACUUCCUCUUUAGAUUUGUCCAUGGAAAAGAAGAAAGAUUUGAAGCUUAACUGCGUGUUUCCGAUAUUCCAAACCACAAGAGAGGCAAGCGCAAACCGUGCAUACAGUACGCUGUACGGCUAUAAUACCUCAGAAAGUGCCAUGGCUUCUACAAUGAAUGUAUUUCUUUGCCAGACGAAUACGAAUCGGCUGGCUGUCUCCUUCAAAUGGAACUUUGGACGAGGCUUGGAGAGAUUUGCCUUUAGAGAGAAAGCUCGGCUUAUUUAUGUUGAAUUGUUGCCUCCAGCUAAUUCUCCACUUAUUUCCAAGGCGCUAUCAGCGUUGAGAAUCAUACACAGAAUCAUUCUGCUCUUUUAGUUUGGGAGGCUCAGCUGUACAUCUCACCACGAGCGCUGAGUGGAAUUUGAAAAAAGGUGCAGACAAACAUCUCGGGGUUGAGCAAGGGAAAAAAAAAAAAAAAAGAACAAAACCGCCCGGAGCCAUUUCAUUCCAUCCUGCUGCUGUUUUAUCAUUAAUGAAACCCAAGGAUUAUGUACUGUAUCUCCUAAGUUGCUUUCUACCUCACUUUGUUGGUUAUCUCUGAAAGACAAAUACGCCGCGAUGGCAAAUGUUUUGCAAGAACAAACUCUGAUUUCCUUUGUAUGGGCAAAAUGUAUUAGCUUUACAAUUUCACUCCCGAGAAGCCAAUUUACUCCCACGGAAUACAGUAGAUCCCCGCCCGAGACCCGGAAAAAUGUCCUCCUCUGACAAUUUCUGAUCAACAUUUGCAAUAAAAGAGUAUUGUAAUGCUUGGAUUAGGCUCCAGAAAGGUACAAUACUACGAAUAUAAUUUCUACUACAUUACACUCUUCUGACUGUUAAACUACCAAAAGGGCUCACUCUGGUCAUGCCGUUGUUCUAUGGAGCAAGAAGCUGAACGCAAUGCCCAGAGUGAACCCUCUUUCUGCCUGUUUGGAGGCAAACAGACACGCAUUCACAUGGCAACAUAUUGAUUUCCAAGGUUUUGGCAUGUUUAUGGUGUUUGUUCCGGUUUGUUUGACGGUCCUUGAAAGCACCAUUGUGUAUCUUAUUUAUUUCUGUUUUCAUUUUCAUUUCAUAUUUGGAGAUUUGUGGGAACACGAGCUAGUCCGCGGGUCCAAAGAGAUUGGGGACCAUGUGUCAAUGUGGCGACUCCAAUGCCCAGAGUGAACGCUCAUAUUGCCUGUUUGGAGGAAAACUAACACGCAUCCACACGCCAAUAUAUUGAGGCCAGUUCUUUGUCAUUUAUUGUGUGAUUAAUUAAUUCAUUAAUCAGCCCAAGUCAAAUGCUCACGAGACGGAGCCGAAACAACCUUUAUGUCUGACACCACUGUGGUACAUUCAAGGACCAGCACACAAUGUGAGGAAAAAAUGACAUAAACAUGUAAAAAAAUGUGUACAUGUAUGCUGUAUAUUUGACCUGUAUUAUCUAUUAUGUGUUUAUGAAGUAUUAUUGAUGUCGAGGAAAUGAGAUGUGUUUACUGCAGGGAAAAAAAACAAGGUAUUUUCGGAGCCAAACAAAGAUUUUGACCCCAACAUGAGCAAGCGUGCGGGGAUCUACUGUACUCUUGUAUGGAAUACACCUGGUAUCUUGUCACAACGGCAUCAACCAUCUGUUUCUACAUCUCGUGUCUUUGUGAUGGUAAAAAAGGUUUAUGGAAGACGUGCUGUGACAUUGUCUCAGUCUAUAACGCAAACAUGCACGACUUGACUGGCACUCCUUUGACUCCGGGGGCGCGUGGCAAGAUGUGACAAAGUCUUAUUUUUAGAGGUUUAUUUAUAUCUGUUUGUUGUCAUUAAUGGCGACAUAGCAGACAGACGGAGGAAAGAAAGGGAGCGUCUGACAAGUGAAUUUGCCACAUUGAAUGUAUGAUGCUCUCUGACCUGCCAGACAAACAAGCUACAAAAGAAAAACACACAAACGCUCCCUGAAAGAAGUCCUUUUUCAUUGCUGUUGGCAGAGGAUUAGGAUUAGGAUUAGGAUGCGUCGGCGCACCUGCUGUGUUAGUGCGCUUCCUCUGAUCGUCCCGACUCUGCUGCGGUUCGCUUCGCUUGAGAUCCGACGUGAACGAUGCCUAGACCAAAGAGCAAAAGACAAAGUGCUGUCACUCUUUACGAGGCUUUUUUACCAGCUUUUCAUCAAGUCUAACAUGUUCCCUUUCGCUUUGGAAAGCUGCCAAUCAAAUCUUCUUUAUGUCCUUUGGUCACAUGACACAAGCACAAGUGCCAACCGCACCAAAGUAUUCUGUGGUCUGCAUGCUCCACUUGGCGAGGCUUUUGUUGUCAGUACGUCUGCAGUGCGCCCCCGAAAAUAUGCCCCUUAGAAUACAACCCUACACGCCCCCUAAAGUACACCCCAAGAGUACGCCCCCAGUGUACGGCCCUUACUGUGUGCCCCUAGAGUACACCUCCUAAAGAAUGCCCCCAGAGUAUGCCCCUACACGCCCCCAGCAGUACGCCCCUCUAAAGUAUACCCCCAGAGUACGGCCCCUACAGUAUGCCCCCAAAGUACGGCCCUUACCAUGUGCCCCUAGAGUACACCUUCUAAAGAAUGCCCCCAGAGUACACCCCUACACGCCCCCAGCAGUACGCCCCCUACAGUAUGCCCCCAGAGUACGGCCCUUACCGUGUGCCCCGAGAGUACACAUCCUAAAGAAUGCCCCCAGAGUACGCCCCCUACAGUAUGCCCCCAGAGUACGGCCCUUACCGUGUGCCCCGAGAGUACACCUCCUAAAGAAUGCCCCCAGAGUACGCCCCCUACAGUAUGCCCCCAGAGUACGGCCCUUACCGUGUGCCCCGAGAGUACACCUCCUAAAGAAUGCCCCCAGAG